AUGCAUAAGAUCCCUAGUUUCUUCCGCCUCGCGAAGCCUGCAGAUGGCCGCAGGGAGGCCGCAUGGGACUUGGUCGAGAAUGGGCCCAACACUAGGGCGCCAUGCUCGGUUAUGGAAAAUUACGAAACGGAGAUAUACAUGCAACCCACAUCCCAGCAGGGCGGAUCCUGGAAAAUGAUAACCCCCGAGGGCUUCCUGUACCCUCUCACAAACCCUGCCGUCCAAAUUCGGACAAGGAAAAGGAGGCAUCACAAUUCAGAGAUGAACAUUGGGUCUCCCCGGGACGCCGUGGAGGAUAUUCUGCCCGUGCUCAGCGGCUCUAUGUUUCCGCAGCCUGGUGGGGACUAUUGA